CUCCAUGAACAAAUAGGUUAUACAGCCAAGCUAUAUAUUCUGCUUGCUACAUUUUCUCUCUCUCUUCCUCUUUCUCUCUUUUUUCCAACUUUAUCAUCUUCUUCUUCCUGUAUAUUCCAUGGAUGUUGAAAUAGAAAAAUCGAAGGAGUGCUAUAAUUUUCCUGGAAUUCGAGAUAUUCUGAGAAAAUAUAAAUCAAAUUCUGCAAAACCACAACAUGAGCAUCAUCAUCGUCGUCGUUCCAAGAAUCACAUUUCUUCCAAUAAUAACAAGGUCAAACCUCGUGAUAACUUCAAAACUAAUCCUUAUGCAUUCCAAGAUCAAAUCUUUAAGGCGACCCAUGAUAAAAAGCAAGAUGUCUAUCAUUUGCAUGACUUUGAAAUGGUCAGCAAAAAUGCAAAUGAAGUUGAAGAGAUUAGCAAAAUGAGUCACAAACAAAGCCAUAAUUAUCAUAAUCAACAUAAUAAUUGCUUCAAGACAUUGUUUAUAUUUACCGUAUCCAAGAAAAAGAAAGUGCCAUCACGAGUCUCAUCUUUUGAGCCCCAAAAAACCCAAACUAUGGAACAAUUAGAAAGCCACUUACCCAAGGCUAAAAGUUUGGAGCCAAUUCCUUCAUUAGGAAGAUCAAGGAGCAUAAAUGAACAUGGGAGAAAAACACCCAAAACUUCAAGAGGACCUUCAAUGAAUAGGACAACAUCAAUGGGUAGUAAUACAUCAAGCUUCAAUAGAAGGAAUGGAUCUUUUAAUAGAAGUACUAGCAUUAGUAGAUCAACAAGUGAUAUGGCUAAUAAAAUGAGAAAAAUGAGUUUAACCAAAAGUGGUCCUAUUAAUAUUAUGUUCUCCAACUCAAGUGGAAUGUUAAAGCCUCCUACUACUGAAAAGGAGCUUGAGUGCAGCCUUGAGGAGUUAUAUCAUGGUUGUGUUAAACAUAUUAACGUUUCAAGAGAUGUCUACACUAUUACAGGAAAAAUAAUCCAAGAAGAAGAGAUUCUAACCGUGAACAUAAAGCCAGGAUGGAAGACAGGAACAAAGAUAACCUUCCAAGGAACCGUCAACGACGAUCAUCCAGGCGAGUUCCCUGGAGACGUGAUCUUCAUCAUCACAGAGAAACACCACCCUUUGUUCCGGCGAAUCGACGACGAUUUGGAGCUAGAGAUAGAAAUCCCCUUAGUUGAUGCACUUACAGGCUGCAACUUAACCAUACCUUUACUAGGGAAAGAUAAAAUGAGCAUGACAAUACAUGAUAUUGUCUAUCCUGGCUUUGAGAAAAUCAUUGUUGGUCAAGGCAUGCCUAACCAAAAGAACCCUAAUCAUAAAGGUGACUUGAAAGUUAAGUUUCUUAUAAAUUAUCCCAACAACUUAACUGAUGAACAACGCUCCCAAAUCUCCAAAAUUUUGAGUCAUUAGAUUUGUUCUUCAAAUCUGAUUUUGUUGAGGAUGACGUAGUUAUCCUAGUUGAUGAUAAUGUUGCAAUGAUGAAGGGAAUUUAGUAAAUAGUUGGAGAGUGUUAAAAAUGUUGGUGGGUUUAAGAAUGCGGAUUAGAGAUCGAAUUAUGUAUCAAGCUUGUGAAUUAAUUGUAAUU